AUGAUGAUUUUGAAGAGAGCAAAUAGGGCUGCUUUUUGCUUAUCAUCGUCUUUCAAGUGAUUUAGUAUAUAUAACCCUAGCACCUCCAAUAUUAUUGAAACUUUUGAGAAUAUGAUCAAGCAGCAAAGAUUUCAAGAUGUGGCAGACAGGUUUAAAGAGCUCUCAAGGCAUGAAAAAGUACUUAUUCAAAGCCUUUUUCAGUUAAUUUGCAAAGAUGUAUUCAAGAAUAAGGAAAAGUGGGAUAUAAAUGCUAUUGCUGAUAUCGCAAACACAAUUUCCCUUACAGAACAUUUAAACUCAGCCGAGAAGUUUUAUCCAGUGCUGCAUGAGAGAUUUGAGGAGCUAAAUGACGAUAGUCUCGUAAAGCUUAUACAUUUGUUGACAAAAAUCCCAGAAAACGGGAAAAAAUUCCAUCGUCUUUAUUAUCAAAAAAUUGUACCGCUGCUUACCAAUCAGAAGAACAAUCCCAAGUCAUUUUCAGUCGCUUUGAUAGCGUUUUUGCAUUUGUAUGAUACUUAUACACAAGCUCAAAUAGACUGUAUAUGCCGUAUGGUUUCUCAUUACAGGUGGUCAUUAGUUCCGAAGCAUUGUGUGAAUAUUCUAACAUAUUCGAAGCCUCCAUUACAGAGCAGAUUGAUGGAAGUUUUAAUGGAAAAUAUUAGCUUCUAUGCAAAAUAUGAUCUUUUAAUUACAAAUUAA